CUGAAGGACCCAUACAGCCACUCCCAUAGGAUCAUGGAGGCAGGAAGCAACGGAGCCGGCUUCGGGUUGAGGAUGUGGCUCCCACGGAUCCUGCUGCUCUCGCUGCUCUCUACAGUUUCUGCGGGUGCAGACUCAAAGGCUGUCACCACCACUCUCACAACCAAAUGGGCAGAUACUCCUCUGCUGCUAGAAGCCAGCGAGUUCCUGGCAGAGGAGAGCCAGGAGAAGUUCUGGGACUUUGUGGAAGCCAAUCAAAACAUAGAAGGAGAGCACGAUGACACAGAUCAGGCCUACUAUGACCUAAUCGUGAAGAGAGCCAGUGCUUUGCUCAGCUCCGUCCAGUUGAACAUGCUGAAGUUUGCCCUCUCUCUGAGAGCCUACUCUGCAACUGUACACUCCCUCCAACAGAUCGCUUCCACUGAACCGCCUCCCUCCGGCUGCUCGGCUUUUUUCAGUGUCCAUGGACAAAAAACAUGUGAUGCAGAAAGCUUAGCAACGCUACUGAAAACUGCUGCUCAGAGGCCGAAACCAUACCUUUUCAAAGGCGAUCAUAAAUACCCAGGGUCAAAUCCAAACGCUCCCGUCGUCAUUCUCUAUGGCGAGAUAGGGAAACCAGAUUUCCAGAGGCUUCACCAAGCUGUUUUAUCCAAAGUCCACGAAGGCUCAGUGACUUAUGUGCUCCGCCACUUCCUGGCACAUUCAAAUGGAAAGAAGGUGUACCUGUCUGGUUAUGGAGUGGAGCUGGCCAUUAAAAACCAAGAGUACAAGGCAAAGGACGACACACAAGUCCAAGGGGCGGAGGUGAAUGCUACAGUGAUCGGGGAGAAUGAUCCAGUGGACGAGGUCCAGGGAUUCCUCUUUGGCAAACUCAAGACCCUCUACCCAGAGCUGAAGGAACAGUUAAAAGAGUUGAGGAAGCAUUUAGUGGAAAGCACCAAUGAAAUGGCUCCGCUGAAAGUCUGGCAGAUGCAAGAUCUGAGUUUCCAGACAGCAGCGCGCAUCCUCGCUGCUCCCGCUGCUGAAGCCCUCAGUGUCAUGAAAGACCUCAGUCAAAACUUCCCCACCAAAGCCAGGUCCAUCACUAAAACAGUGGUCAGCUCUGACAUCCGCAAAGAGAUUGGCGAGAACCAAAAGUUUUUCAAAGGAACUCUGGGGUUGCAGCCGGGGGACUCGGCCCUGUUCAUCAACGGGCUGCACAUAGAUCUGGACACACAAGACAUCUUCAGUGUGUUCGAGGUGCUGCGCAGCGAGGCCAGGGUGAUGGAGGGUCUGCGCUCUUUGCUAAUCGAGACGCCCUACAUUCACAACAUCCUGAAGCUCAACGUCCAGCCGUCCGACUCUGACUACGCAGUCGACAUCCGCAACUCCGCCAUCAGCUGGAUUAACAACUUGGAGACCGACCACAGGUACAGCUCGUGGCCCUACAACGUGCAGGAGCUGCUCAGACCAACUUUCCCCGGAGUCAUCAGGCAGAUCCGCAAGAACUUUCACAAUCUGGUGAUUAUUCUGGACCCCGCGCAGGAGAACUCUGCCGAACUGUUGAGCGUUGCAGAGAUGUUUUACGCUAACAACAUCCCCCUCAGGAUCGGCUUGGUGUUCGUGGUGUCGGAUGAAGAUGACAUAGACGGCAUGCAGGACGCCGGGGUGGCGCUCGUCCGAGCCUACAACUACAUCAGCGACGAGGUGGACAGUCAGAGCGCCUUUGAGGCCGUUAUCUCGAUGUUUAACCGCGUGGCACCUGGCAGCAAGCUGAGUGUUGGAGAUGUAGUGAAGGUUCUGGAGAAGAGGUUUCCCUACGUGGAGGUCAGCAGCGUCCUCGGAGCCGACUCGAGCUACGACAGCAACAGGAAGGAGGGCCGGGCGUACUACGAGCAGACAGGAGUGGGCCCGCUGCCCGUGGUCAUGUACAACGGCAUACCCUACCAGCGCGAACAGCUGGACCCGGACGAGCUGGAGACGGUCACCAUGCAGAAGAUCCUGGAGACCACCACCUUCUACCAGAGAGCCGUCUACCUGGGUGAGCUGGCUACGGACCACGACGUCGUUGACUUCAUCAUGAACCAGCCCAGCGUCGUCCCUCGUAUCAACGCCAGGGUGCUCUCCACCAGCAGAACAUACCUGGACCUGUCUGACACCAACAACCACUUCGUGGAUGAUUACGCUCGCUUCUCGACCCUGGACACGAAGGAGAAGAGCACGGCUGUGGCCAACAGCAUGACCUACAUGACUAAGAAAGGGAUGACCACCACCAACAGGCAUGAUGAAGGCUACAUCCGCCCCGUGACUUUCUGGGUGGUCGGAGACUUUGACAAACCCUCGGGACGCCAGCUCCUUUACGACGCCAUCAGGCACAUGAAAACCAGCAACAACGUCCGACUUGGGAUGAUCAACAACCCGUCCUCUGACAUCUCUGCUGACACGAGCAGAGUGGCCCGAGCAAUCUGGGCCACCACGCAGACGCAGUCCGCCAAUAACGCCAAGAACUUCAUCACCAAGCUGGCUAAGGAGGACACCGCCACGGCCCUGGAGAAAGGCGCAGACAUCGGGGACUUCGCUGUCGGGGGUAUGGAUUUGUCAUUGUUCAGAAGUGCGUAUGAGGGUCCCAAAUUUGACUUCCUGCUCUCCCACGCUGCCUACUGCAGAGAUGUGCUCAAACUGAAAAGAGGACAGAGAGCGGUUAUCAGCAACGGAAGAAUCAUAGGUCCACUGGAGGAGGAGGAAGUGUUUAAUCAGGACGACUUCCUGCUUCUGGAGAGCAUCAUCCUGAAAACAUCUGGAGAGCGCAUCAAAAGCAAAGUCCAGGAGCUUGGAAUUGAGGAGGACAGAGCCAGCGACCUCGUGAUGAAGGUGGACUCUCUGCUCUCGUCUCAACCCAAAGGAGAACCUCGGAUGGAGUACGGAUUUGCAGAUGACCGCCACAGUGCUGUGAAAAUCCGGCCCAAGGAGGGCGACGUGUACUUUGAUGUUGUUGCCGUGGUGGAUCCGGUAACCAGGGACGCACAGAAGCUAGCUCCUCUACUUUUGGUUCUGAAGCAGCUGGUAAACGUCAACUUGCGCGUCUUCAUGAACUGUCAGUCCAAACUGUCAGAGAUGCCUCUGAAGAGCUUUUACCGCUACGUGUUGGAGCCGGAGGUGGUGUUCCAGGCCGACGGCAGCUUCUCUCCGGGGCCCCUGGCCAAGUUCCUGGACAUGCCUCAGUCUCCGCUCUUCACCCUGAACCUCAACACCCCCGAGAGCUGGAUGGUGGAGUCUGUGCACACCCGCUACGACCUGGACAACAUCUACUUGGAGGAGGUGGAGAAUAUUGUUGCUGCCGAGUACGAGUUGGAGCAUCUUCUACUGGAAGGCCACUGUUUUGACGUGAGCUCCGGUCAGCCGCCGCGCGGCCUCCAGUUCACCCUGGGAACCGCCUCCGAUCCCGUCCUUGUGGACACCAUCGUCAUGGCAAACUUGGGUUACUUCCAGCUCAAGGCCAAUCCCGGCGCCUGGAUCCUGAAGCUGAGGAAAGGACGCUCGGAUGACAUCUACAAAAUUUACAGCCACGACGGCACAGACUCUCCUGCCGACUCUGACGACGUCGUAGUCGUGCUGAACAAUUUCAAGAGCAGAAUCAUUAAAGUGAAGGUCCAGAAGAAGCCGGACAAGUUCAACGAGGAGCUACUGAGCGACGGGACCGAAGAAAAUGACAGCGGUUUCUGGAACUCUCUGACCAGAGGUUUCACAGGCACCGGGAAAACCGAGGAGCCAAAGCAGGAGAAAGACGAUGUGAUCAAUAUCUUCUCUGUGGCCUCGGGGCAUCUGUACGAGAGGUUCCUCAGGAUCAUGAUGCUGUCGGUUCUGAAAAACACCAAAACACCCGUCAAGUUCUGGUUCCUCAAGAACUACCUGUCCCCGGCCUUCAAGGAGUUCAUCCCCCACAUGGCGAAGGAGUACGGCUUCCAGUACGAGCUGGUCCAGUACAAGUGGCCCCGCUGGUUGCACCAACAGACGGAGAAGCAGAGGAUCAUCUGGGGCUACAAGAUCCUCUUCCUGGACGUGCUGUUCCCCCUCGCCGUCGACAAGAUCCUGUUCGUGGACGCUGACCAGAUUGUGCGCACAGACCUGAAGGAGCUGCGGGACUUCGACCUGGAAGGCGCUCCGUACGGUUACACUCCGUUCUGCGAGAGCCGGAGGGAGAUGGACGGAUACCGCUUCUGGAAGUCCGGAUACUGGGCGAGCCACCUCGCUGGGCGCAAAUACCACAUCAGCGCUCUGUACGUGGUCGACCUGAAGAAGUUCAGGAAAAUAGCUGCAGGGGACAGACUCAGAGGACAGUACCAGGGGCUCAGCCAAGACCCUAACAGCCUCUCCAACCUCGACCAGGAUCUUCCCAACAACAUGAUCCACCAGGUGCCUAUAAAGUCUCUGCCUCAGGAGUGGCUGUGGUGUGAGACCUGGUGCGACGACAGCACCAAGAAGAGCGCAAAGACGAUAGAUCUGUGUAACAACCCCAUGACGAAGGAGCCCAAGCUGCAGGCUGCGGUGAGGAUCGUGGCCGAGUGGACCGACUACGACCAGGAGAUUAAACGCCUGCAGACCAGACUCCAGGGCGAAGCGAAACACAGCAUAAAGGCAAAGGAAGGCGAAGAUCCUCACACAGAGUUGUGAGGAUUGCAGCAAAGCUGGACUCUGUUUAAAGAGUCUCCUUCUCGAAAAGAGGCUCCUGUCGCGCCUCCAGGACUGCUGACCACAAACCAGUGAUAAAUGGGUGAUCUGUUUUUUUUGUUUGUUUGUUUUGUUUUAUAAGGGUUUAGUGUACGUGUGUGCGUGCAGUGCAAGCGGUGAGAAUGUGCUGUUGUGAAUCGUGAUUUAAAUUUUUUUUUUGGAUGUUACGUUGCACUGAUUGGGAUUCUGGUUGUGGGGUGUGGGGAAGGACUUUGGAUGCAUCUGGUGGUGGGAAGAUGAUCUGCUCACACACCGGAAGGAAAAUGUUUGAUGCUGUUUGACCUUCAUCUGGAUUGUUAAAGGUUAAUAUGAAGGUUUGAAAAAAAAAAAAAAUCAGACGAAUUUGCUACAUGUUUGAUGCCCCAACAAGACUUUUAAGGGAAUGUGUCUAAAUUUAUAAAACACAGUUUAUGAAAAACAAAAUCAGCAGGUUUGAUUGAUAUUACUGUGACUCUCAGGUAAAAAAUAAAACAUGUGUGAGUUGCAGCGUAAAGCAGAAGAGGAGAAAGUUGAGUGUACUGUUAAGGGAACAGCAGCCAUGACAGUUAGCUGGAAAAAAAAAAUACAUAUAUUUUUUUGUUUCUUGGUACCAUCCACGGAUUUGUUGUCACCUUCUUGUUUUGGCUGUCGGAUAUUUUUGUUAAAUAAAAAUCCCCAAUGAA